CUCCCCGUGCGUCCCGGCCUCCCUCCGCGCGCGCGGGGCAAGCCCAACCCGAAGCCAACCACCCGCCCGCGUAUAUAUGCACGCGCGGGAACGAGAGACGACACGCCGCCACCACACCAGCGAGGCACGCCGUCUGUUCCACCACGGGCCGCUGCGGCUGCACGACGGCCCUGGCAUGGUGAUGGGGAGGAAGAACAAGGCGCGCGGGGCGGAGGUGGCGAGGUGCCGGCGGCACCGCCAGGGCGGCGGCGCGGCGGGGGUCUGCGCGGCCUGCCUGCGGGAGCGCCUGUCCCACCUGACGUCCGCCUCGGCGUCGGCGUCGGCGUCGCUGCCGUCCGUCGUGCGAGGCGAGGAGCGCGCGUCGUCGUCGUGCUGCUCGGGGGCGUCGACGGCGUACUCGUCGUCGAGUGGCGGGUCCAGCGGCGCGUCGUCGGCCGGGUCGGGGUCAACGACCAGCCCCUGGGCGGCGCAGUUCCGCAAGGAGAUGAUGUCCGGCCGAGGCGGCGGCGGCGGCGGGAGGCUGUCGCUGCUGAUGAGGCACGAGCGGGUCUUGCUGGACGGCGACGAGGUGGCGAGCGUGGUGAGGCGGAUGAGGGAGAGGAGGCAGGCGAGGAUCAGCUUCUGGACCAAGCUGCUGCACGCGACGCUGGGCGGAGGCGGAGGCAAGAAGGAGGGGUGCUCGAUGGCGCACUCCAAGGCGCUGGACCAGGAGAGGAGCACCACGGCGGCGGCCAAGUGGAUCCUUUUCUGACGGCAUGCAGAUGCAUGCAUGCAGCGAAGCGCGCGAGCGCGAUGCCAAGAUGAGAUCGUCAGCGUGCGCGGCUGUUUGAAGCAAAAUGACAUUUGAUCGGUAUUCUUUGGUUGGCUACUUGGUGUUUGUGAUUUUCUAGGAUGAGAUCCUGAAUUUCUAACGUGUUAUUUACAUACGUCCAUACCACUACCUAUAGAUGUUUGAUCUGAAAUUCUGAAGUAUAGACUACUUGGUGUUUGUGAUUUUUUAGGACGAGAUCCUGAAUUUCUAACGUGUGAUUUAUAACUGUGUCAGCAUAUGAGAUCGUUAAAUGACUUUUCUUGAUGGUUUUAACUAUAGGCAUAUAUAUUGUAAUAGGAGUAUAUACUGGUAGAAAGUUUGAGCAUAUCGGUUGAAGUAUAUUCCUCUCUGUUGUUAUCCCACGAGAAGAAUAUCUAUUUAUAUGAUGAUAUAUAAUUUUAUAAAGAAUAACGCAACCUUACAAAUAUAUA